AUGACUUGCUUCUUCAACGUGAUCGUGCGCCAUCUUGCCAGCUGGAUCGUCGUAAUCAGUAGCAUCAGUUGGGAGGUCAUGCUGACUGCGUUUCUAUCGGAAGCCGCAGAGUUCGGCACACGUCAGGCCGGCGGGAAUGAUGAUUUCAUGGAAGCUAUCAUGAAUAAGCAAGGAGAUUUGGACCCAGAAAAACCUUCCAGGAUGAUGACUCGAGGGUCGGACAAAACACUCCAGACCAAGAAGAGGCUGCGGCGGCGGCGGAUCCUGAAGCAUCACCUAGCCAUCGACGAUAUCUGGAAGACCCUUAGCUUCUCGUUUGAUGAAGAGGAAGAAGAUGAGCUCUUGGAGCGUAUUACUUGCUUCUUCGGGAGGGGAGGCGAUGAGCAGCAUGCUCUGAUCGGUCAGAGUUUAGGCAACCCUUUUUUGAAUCUUGAUCCGGAAGAUAGUGAGUCUGAUGACAACGAGACUGUCGAUCCUAAUGAGGUAGAGAGCGGCGAAUCGUCCGUGGCUUCGGACGACGACGAGGAAGACUAG